AUGCGAACACUCCAAAUUGCCUGCCUGCUUCUUAUUGGGAUUCAAUUUGUCAUAAUUACAGCCGAGGAAACCGGGGAGGUUGAAGUUCUCAGGAAAAACCUGACCCGAAUCGGUCGGAUCGUGGGGGGAUAUAAAGCCCGAAAGGGGGAAUUUCCCUGGGUGGCUCUGCUCCAAUUUGAAGGCGAACUCUUCUGCGCGGGAACCAUCCUCAACGAAAAUUACAUCUUGGGAGCGGCCCACUGCACGGGAGUGGACCCCACCCACCUGACCGUCGUUGUGGGGGACCACAUCCAAAGCGGGGAUGAAGGCACCGAACAAAUCGUCAAAGUUGCGGAAAUCAUUCCGCACAAGGAUUUCAAAAUGUCCACGUUUCUGCACGACAUUGCCCUCUACCGGGUAAAAACCCCGCUAAACUUUAGUACCCCGUACAUUAAGCCGGCCCGCAUCGCGACGGCUGAAACGAAGACGACCGAAGACAUGGUCGUCUGCGGGUGGGGCGCUAUUCGGGAGAAUGCGCAGGGAAGCGACGUCCUGCUCAAGGUCGGGGUCAAACUAAGGGAAGACUCCGUUUGCGAAAAGGCGUAUCAACCUACCCCCUUAAAGUAUGCCGCGAAGGGACAGAUUUGCGUCGGCGCGGGGGGCAAGGACAGUUGUCAAGGGGAUUCUGGGGGUCCUCUGCACACCGGGAAGAACACGGGGGACUACACGGUCGUAGGGAUCGUCUCGUAUGGUAUUGGAUGCGCUUCUUGGGAGUAUCCGGGCGUGUACACGAAAAUAUCCGCUUAUCUGGACUGGAUUGAGAAAAACACAAAUGGGGAUAAUGGUAAAGGGUCUGGUAAUCGAGGUUUGUAUGGUUUUGGAUAAGUACAUAUUUAAAUAGGGAACCCUUAAUUUCUCCCCGCACCCCUUCCUCUUAUAGUGGGUGCAAUGUAAUGAAAUUCAUGCUGGAAUUAGGCAGGAUUAAGGUGAUCAUGCAGUGCGAGAAAAUGUCAACUAAGCGAAAAACAUAUAAUGAUGCGUCCAUAUUGAUAAACAAAUGAUUUCAAGAUAGGAAUUUACUGGAGUGGAUACUUUUCAAGCUAAGUUCCUCUUUAGCCUCCUUCUGUGCAACACGUAUCUCUCUCUCGCUCUGCAUCUGGAUCUCCUCUCUUCCAUCUGGGUCGCGGGUGUGCCAGGGCGAGUAAAGUGUGUCUUAAGGCUUUUUCGUCACGUGAGCCUCGUCCACUCACACCCCCAAUCUGCGUGCCUAGUGACACCCCCUGCCACACCCGUCCCAGCAACGACAAGCUGAGCCAUCAGGCGAAGAUGGAUUCCCAGGACCCUUUGCACAGGAGGAUCUACGCUUUAGAGGGACUCCCGAGGUAGGUUUUUGUUUGGUAUAUCGGGGUGCUGGCCGUUGGGAGUGGUUGAUUGAAAAGUGGGGGAGGGGGUCGUGCAUGACGGAUGGCAGCAUAAUUGGGUCUACGGGGGUCCCAUGACCCGGUUGUGUUGUGAUGGUGGAAGGGGCAAGUGGGGGGGGUCAUCGGCCCCGGCUACGGCUUCCAUGGGGGACGUGGGCAAGAUCCCACGGUCCGUGGACAGCCCCGCCCAACAACCUUCAGCUGUCUGCUUCCGCAUGCAGAUGCCACCCUCAUUUGGUUAUCACCACCACCCCUCGGAAUCUGCCUAUGUAUCACUGCCAUACAUUUGCCUACCUGAUGUCCGGCAGUAACGGGCCGAAUGGUGUAUUGGGCCACCUUCCCAAUGCAUGUAGGGGUUUUCCGAGCCCACCACGGUUUUUCCUCUACACCCUUACUGUUACAUACAUUUUAUCAUUUGAUUUUGUCCUAUAUUUGUCAUAGUGUGUAAUUAGCCAGUAUUGGGAUGCCGGGUGCUAUUUGUGGAUAAUGCCCACAACUAAAGACAUACUUUAGCAAAUUCUACAUAUAAGAUGAAAUAAUGUAUGUUUAUCUGAAUGCAAGUUUGUAUGAAAUCAAUGAAUGCAUGAUUGUAAAGGCCGACGCCAUAUCAAUCUUUGAAUAAAUACCUACCUACUACUUUUCAAGCUAAUCUAAACAUUGACAAUUUGUAUUGAAGUCAAGCAGUGACAUGGAUAUUAAACUUUAGUUAAAAAGGUUUUAGCAACCAGCCUU